CUCUCAUAACCCUUGACGCACACUACAAGCUUUCUUUCCUCAGCUUAUCUCGACUCCAAAGUCAUGGACUUGAAGAAUACUUCCCCAUUUUUCUUCUUUGCCCUAUUGAUCUCUGUUACCAAAGCCCUUGAUCCUUCUUGUGUCUCCCAAUCUGACGGCUCCGAUGACAUCUCCAUCAUUCCCACCUACAGCAAAUGCUCUCCCUUCUCCCCACCCAAAACAGACUCUUUGGUCACCACUGUCCUCAACAUGGCCUCCAAAGAUCCAGCUAGGGUUAACUACUUGUCAACCCUAGUGGCCCAAAAGACCACCUCUGCUCCGAUUGCUUCAGGCCAGCAGGUCCUCAACAUUGCCAACUACGUGGUCCAGCUCAAGCUCGGUACCCCGGGUCAACUCAUGAACAUGGUCCUAGACACUAGCAACGACAUUACUUGGGCGCCAUGUUCCGGCUGCACGGGGUGCUCCUCUACCACCUUCUCACCCAACUCAUCGAGCACAUAUGGGUCACUUGAAUGCUCUGUGCCCGAAUGUGCUCAAGCUCGCGGACUCUCGUGCCCGGCCACUGGGUCUACUGGGGCCAAUGUUUGCUUCUUUAACCAAUCGUACGGUGGAGAUUCAUCAUUUUCUGCCACCUUAGUGCAAGAUGCUUUGAGAUUAGGUAAAGAUGUCAUUCCCAAAUACUCUUUUGGUUGCAUCAAUUCCAUCUCGGGUGGGUCCGUCCCUUCUCAAGGGUUAUUAGGCCUGGGUCGCGGAUCCAUGUCGUUACCCUCACAAUCCGGGUCGCUCUACUCGGGUGUGUUUUCGUAUUGUUUACCAAGUUUCAAAUCAUACUACUUUUCGGGGUCACUCAAGCUUGGCCCGCCAGGCCAGCCCAAGGCAAUCCGGACCACCCCACUUCUAAGAAACCCACGCCGUCCGUCACUGUACUAUGUCAACCUGACCGGAAUCAGUGUGGGCCGGGUUCUCGUACCGAUUUCCCCAGAGCUUCUAGCAUUCAACCCUAACACCGGGGCGGGAACAAUCAUAGACUCGGGCACAGUCAUAACUCGAUUCGUGCCACCCGUCUACACGGCACUCCGCGACGAAUUUAGAAAACAAGUGAAUGGAACAUUUUCGUCAUUGGGAGCCUUUGACACUUGUUUUUCUGCCACCAAUGAAGUUGUGGCCCCAGCCAUUACGUUUCAAUUCACGGGGUUGAAGUUGACACUGCCAUUGGAGAACAGCUUGAUUCACAGCAGCUCAGGCUCACUGGCUUGCUUAGCGAUGGCGGCAGCUCCCAAUAAUGCGAACUCGGUGUUGAACGUGAUAGCCAAUUUGCAGCAGCAGAACCUUAGAAUUUUGUUUGACGUUGCCAACUCUGUCGUUGGCAUUGCUCGUGAGAGUUGUAAUUAACUAGUUACGUCGGGUUUCUGGUGUUUUGUCUCUUUGUGUUGUAUUUAAAUUGUCGCAAUGCAAUAUAUAUAGGUGAUGGCUUGUGACAAAUAAAAAUGCAGGAUAAGCCCUGCUGGUGUUGAAUUUGGAGAUGGUGUGUAAGCUGUUAAUAAUUACUGGGAAGAGAACUUAAUUAUUGGAGUU